AUGGCCUCUACUACGGAUUCGAUGCCAGCCUCUUGCAAGGUUGUGCUGUCCAAGAAUGUCGCGAAUGGCCUGGUCGCGGAGGUCCAGGAAGGAGUCAAGACUCUUGAGAAGCCUCCUCACCUUGUCGGAUUCCUGGCCAACAAUGAUCCUGCGGCUCUGAUGUACGCCCAGUGGACUGAGAAGACUUGUCAAGAAAAUGGUUUCCGUUACUCCCUCCGCGAAGUCUCUCGCGAUGACAUUGAGGAGGCUAUCCUCGCUGCCAAUGCCGACCCAGAGGUUGACGGUAUCAUCGUAUACUACCCCAUCUUCAACAACCGUCAAGACCAGUAUUUGCAGCAGAUCGUCGACGUAACCAAGGAUGUAGAAGGUCUUAGCCAUCGCUAUAUCUUCAACAUGUACCAGAACAUCCGUUUCCUCGACCCUGAGACCAAGCGCCAGAAGUCCAUCCUUCCUUGCACUCCCCUCGCCACCAUUAAGAUCCUUGAAUACCUCAACAUCUAUAACACCAUCCUCCCCUACGGAAACCGCCUCUUCGGACACACUAUCUGCGUGGUGAAUCGCUCGGAGGUUGUUGGUCGCCCUCUUGCGGCCCUGUUGGCGAACGACGGAGCUUGUGUCUACAGUGUGGAUGUUACCGGUGUCCAGAAGUUCACUCGGGAGGGUCUAAAGAAGGGCAGACACGAGGUUGUGGAUUUGGAAGGAAAGACCAUCAAGGAUGUAGCACCGCUCUGUGAUGUUGUCAUAACUGGUGUUCCCGGAAACUCGUACAAGUUUGACACCAGCCUUCUGAGAGAAGGUGCUGUCUGUGUCAACUUCUCCAGCGAGAAGAACUUUGGACCGGAAGUCAAAGAAAAGGCCUCCAUCUUCGUUCCUUCGAUCGGCAAGGUGACCAUCGUUGUCCUGCUCAGAAAUCUUCUGAGGCUGAUCCAAAACCGGAGAUUGGACGAUGUGAAGCCCGCUGCAGCCACGGAGCGCCCUGGAACGCUAGAAGCUUCUUCGUGA